GCCGUUUAGCACUAAAGCUAAUGUCAUCUUAACAGUCCAAAUAAUAACAUUGAACCCUUAUUUCUUUUUGUGCUUUGAUAACGAGACACAGUAGAGAUGAUUAAAGCCAUCUUAAUAUUUAACAACCACGGGAAACCGCGCCUCAUCCGGUUCUAUCAGUAUUUUGCGGAGGACAUGCAGCAGCAGAUCAUUCGGGAGACGUUUCAUUUGGUAUCGAAGAGAGAUGACAAUGUCUGCAACUUCUUGGAGGGUGGAAGUCUCAUCGGUGGCUCUGACUACAAGCUGAUUUACAGACACUACGCCACCCUCUACUUUGUCUUCUGUGUGGACUCGUCUGAGAGUGAGCUCGGCAUUCUGGACCUGAUCCAGGUGUUUGUGGAAACGUUGGAUAAAUGUUUCGAGAACGUCUGUGAACUGGACCUGAUCUUUCACAUGGACAAGGUCCAUUAUAUCUUGCAGGAGGUGGUGAUGGGAGGAAUGGUGCUGGAGACCAACAUGAAUGAGAUCGUAGCUCAGGUGGAGGUGCAGAACCGGAUGGAGAAGUCAGAGGGAGGUCUGUCGGCAGCCCCCGCUCGCGCUGUCUCCGCCGUGAAGAACAUGAACCUGCCCGAGAUUCCCCGCAACAUCAACAUUGGAGACAUCAAUAUCAAAGUGCCGAGCCUAUCCCCGUUCUGAACAAGCAUCCCAGCUGAGCUCUGCAGGAGCUGAUGUACUACUGACGGCCUCUUUUUUUUCUUCCCUGCAACUCCCCCAACCCUCUCCCCCACCCUCCUCCUCCUUUCAGCUCUGUUGUUAAUACAGAGUAAACCGUUUUUAUAUAUGUACUACAGAAAAUCACCGCAGCUUUGUUCCCCCCCCCCCCCCCUAAUUCCAAUCUUUUCACGUGUAUGGGAGAUAAGCUGCGGAUUAUUUUUGAGUUCUACUGUGUACUUGUUACAGAUGACUCCAGUUGAAGGAUUUGCACAAUUAUCUAAAGUUCGAUUCUAUAAAGCAUCAAGUGCGAUAUUAAUAUAUGUAUUUUCUGCGAUUGUAUGUUUUCUUUCCUUCUUUUUCUUCCCCCGCCGGUUUAGUUCCUACUUUCCUAAAGAAAGAUGAGAAGUGUUGGCUCAGCGCACAUUUUCCUGUACGACUCUUCCAAAUAUCUGACAUUCAUCACCAGUUGUCCCGCCAGUUUGAAUACAUUCCCUCCUGUCAAGUGGAGCUUUUAGACAGAGUUCGCUGAUAUAUGAUCGUUUGGCUUCUGUGUCGGGUUGUAAUUACUCAGACACAUCUUUAUAUCCUGUUCCAAAUGUUUGUGAAUUCAAACUUGAAUAAUCUCACAUGUGCUUGGCUCAUUUCACAAUUUGUUUUCCCAUCUCUCUAAUAUAGUGUUUCUGACGUCUGUGGGAUUUGUGAAUGAUAUUAAUUGUCCUCCUGGGUGCAGAUUGUGCUUCAUACAUCAAAUGUAAAUUAUGUUUAGUUCUUGCCAAGUUUUAAUGCUGUGGUACGUUCCUGCCAACAUCUGAUGCAGAAAACUUUGACCCCUUUUUUUUGGGUCUGUAAGUGUUUGUAUAAAGUGUGUUUGUGUCUUACGGACUGUGUGUGGUUUUCAGAUAGAAUCAGAUUUGUCAUCCUCAGCUGAUGCUGUGAAAACCACGAAAUCGUGUCAAGCUUCUAUAGAAGGGAGACGUGUCUCUGUGUCAGACAUUCCUUGCAAAGGAUAAAUCGCAAAACAGCCUGGUUUAGCAGGUUAUCUGAGUCACCAGGCUGCGUUCAGACAGCAUCAUGUGAAACAUGCAUUAAACCAGUUAGAACACUCUGUGCCAGGAAAGGAUCCAAAGAUCUUUCCUCUUCAACACUGAGUUAUCAGCCUUGUUGAUAUAGGCACAUUCUUUCAGCCCUCCUUAACACAAAUUUAGUUAUUUUUUUUCCUUUUAAUUUAAGGGACUUGUUCCCUCCCUACAUCUCCAGGAAAACCUGUGGUAACUCACACCACCCUCCCACCUCCACUCCACACAGAUGCAGUCCGUGAGUGUUUCACAUCAGCCUGGAUCAUUCUAACUACAACUUGUGCGUCUCGUGCAGACUUAAAUCUGGGCUUGCAGUGGACAUCCUGCUAUACUGAGUUUGGUAUGUACUGCUUUUCCUGUGUUUGGCGGUUUAAUUUACAUGCCAAAUCGCUCUUUUUGUUGCAGGUUACUUCUUUUUUCUCCACUGAAAUUGUUCUGCUGUCGCCUGUACCAUAAGCUUUACUGCUUUUGGCAUCUGGCGCAGUGUUUUGCAACAUUUUUAAUGCCAAAGAAGGUUUCUCAGAAUUAGUCUGCAACCAAACCAAAAAGAUUUACACCUCAGAGAGAAAAGCCUGGGGCAUGCUGAUCGAUUUACAGCCUUCAAUAAUGCUAACAGACUUAACAUUUCCACAUAGUUUGUUUCCACAACUAAAGGCUGCAAUUGUUGUGCCACAGUGUUUUCUCUCUCAACUUUGCUGUCGCUUGAUAUAAGAAGCACCCAAGUAUCACUUUAAAACAAAGAUUUAUAUGUGACUGUCCACAACUGGUGCGUGAAUACAGUCUAGACAGAAUAUGUCCACAAAAAACGACAUAAAGCGAAGCUACAAACCGGUCUUUCAGUGGUACGCAAACGGUUAAUAACACUUAUACACAAUACAGUUAUGAACACAGAAAACAAUUAAUUACAUAUUUAAAAUCCCAGAUUGACUUCUUGGCUUUGCUUUGCAUUGACUGGUUGUCUGUCAACAUCCAGUGUGAGCUGUACUGGAUGUAAACUAUGCAGCUCCCACAGCUGGUGAAAGCUUAUCUUGGCAGGGUGCAGCUGAGACCGCAAGGUUGUGGUAGUACAGGUCACAGGUUCAUGUGUGCAGGUAGAAUGAUAAUGCAAAAAUGUAUGUACAGGUUACCUUCACAUAUGAGAUAAGAUGAACUUUUCCACCCAACAUGGAAUCUGGUUGAAAUAGCAAAUGACAUAGAGGCACGGGAUCUGAACGAAAUGUGUGUGUGUGUCAUACUGAUUAUGUGUUUUUUCCAUAUUGGCUAAAUUGAGACUUGCAGUAAUAAGGUUUUACUCAUUCCCAGAUGUCAUCAUUAGUACAGCUACACACAAAGGGAGGACAACUGCUAUUUCUCCUAUUUUAACAUAUUUAUAUGCUACCACUGAUUUACAGAGAAAUGUACAAGUAUAAUACAGUUUGUAUGUGCGCUGUGUGUAUUGUGCAGAGCAUUUGAUUACAAAUAGGAGUUCAUGCAUUGUUUUUGACCAGCAAGAAUGACCAGAACUUGCAGGGGAAAAGCAAAGAUAGUCUAUUAAAAUCACACUAUGAGACA